AUGGAUGUCCAACCUGACAUCGACUUGGUCUCUAUCUUCAACGAAGUUUUUCUGGUCCAGACCUACCUCCACAAGUUAGAGAUCAUCGAAGAGAUCAUCACUGAUAUCAGUGAUUUUGUGGAGGACCAGGCAUUGCCACAACCUUCAGUCCAACUCAAUGCAAUGCGACAACAAGUGGGACAAGUCAAGAUUCAACUCCGCUUCCUUCUUCAACUGAAGCUCCUGGAAGCCUGUCGUCGUCUACGACAACAUGUUCUUCAAUAUGGACACCUUCCUCUUCUGAAUCUUGAUUUUCGAUUCCUCUGCACCUGGACAGGCACAGAGUCGCCCAGAAGAUGGCGAGCACUGGGCUUGACGGUGAUGCUAUUGAGCCUGGGCCUUGCUGCGUUGCUAGGCAUCCAGCGACUCCAACCCGCCGCCGCAGAACCGGAGAGUGUUGAGGAGCUUUUUGUGUCACCGUACAAUGUGGAAGCAAGUACCGAUGAUACAAAUCUGGAAUUCAUGGACGUUGUUGGGGGGCUGCCUGGCGUCCCAUUCACGCCUGAGCAGCUGGAGCAAAAGAAAAUUGAGUGGAAGUCUCCACCCACGACGCCAAAGCCGGGUGAGACUCCAACCCCUCCGCCCACGCAGAGCCGUGCAGAGGUGGACAGCAAUGACUGCUACAAGGGCGAGGAGUUCUUCGCAGGGUGGGGAUGUCCAAGCGGGUUCGAGCGGAUCUGUGGCCUGUUAUGGCCGUUGCGCUUCUUUCCUUUCAAUGAUGACAACUCAUCCAGCAGAUUUUUACGUGAUCUGCAUUCACUGGCAAUCUCGCAAUCCGGGAGCAUCCGGCACAAUUUUGUGUCAGCCUGA